CAAGUCCACAGCACACAGCAAAGUUUUUAUAAGAAACUGAAGUCCAAGCCCACCAUCAUGCAGACCAGCAGCAGCCUUCACACCUCCAGUAAAAAUAGGUGUUAUAUUAAAAGAGCUCCUUAUUUUGAUGAAAGGAGUGAUUAUAACACAGAAGAGGAGGAGGAUCCAAGAGAAUAUUGCGAUGGAGGCUACCACCCUGUACGAGUGGGUGACGUUUUUAACAAGAGGUAUAAGGUUCUAUCCAAGCUGGGGUGGGGCUACUUCGCUACUGUGUGGCUCUGUGUGGACCUCAGGUCUGGAAGGCAUGUAGCAGUGAAAGUCCUGAAAAGUGGACCUGGCUUUCUGCAGGCUGGCCAAGACGAGUUAACCCUCCUGCGCUGUGCCAGCAGUCCCUCUGCCUUCCACCCACUGAGAGGACACAUUGUGCAGUUGCUGGAUGAGUUCAAAAUAGCUGGUGUUAAUGGCAUCCAUGUGUGUUUGGUACUGGAGUUGCUGGGUCCAGAUCUGCGCUGUUGGCAAGUGUGUUUCGGCCAGCCUGGCCUCUCACUCACAUGUGUCAGAAGAAUAAUCACUCAGGUGCUUGAGGGUCUUGACUAUCUGCACACACACUGUAAGAUCAUCCAUGCAGACAUCAAGCCUGAGAACAUUCUGCUCUGUCUGGGGCGGCAGCCUCUGGAACACACCACAUACAUAAAUCCAGAGAACAUUUCAGUGAAAAUCACAGACCUGGGCAGCUCCUGCUGGGUGUACAAGCACUUCUGUGAGAAGAUCCAGACCCAGCAGUAUCGUGCUGUGGAAGUUCUGCUCGGUUCUGAUUACGGGCCUCCUGCUGAUAUCUGGAGUGUAGCCUGCAUGGCGUUUGAGCUUGCCACUGGCGACCCUUUAUUUGAGCCCAAACCUGGAAGGAAUUUCUCUUUGGAAGAAGACCAUCUAGCACAUAUUAUUGAGCUCCUGGGUAAGAUCCCUGCAUCAAUGGCUCUGUCUGGGAAAUAUUCAUCAAAGUAUUUCAACAGCAAAGGAGACCUGCAGAGAAUUCAUACACUUCGUCCCUGGGGGUUGUAUGAAGUCCUGAUAGAGAAAUAUCACUUCCUUCUUCAAGAAGCAACUCUCUUCGCAGAUCUUCUGCUCCUGAUGAUGGAGUUCCUGCCAGAGCAAAGAGUGACAGCCGCUCAGUGUCUCAAACACCCAUGGCUGAAAUUGUGACCUUACUGUACAUUCCCCUCUGACUCAUAAAACUCUUAAAAUAUUUUACCUUUUAGAUUUAAAUGUUCAUGUGUAACAAAUGUCAUUCUUCAUUCAGAAAUCUCUAUUGUAUUAUAAUCAUUUAGACAAUGAGGCUUUUGUACUCCAGCUCAGGGAUCAUGGACUAUGAUAAGAGACAGAAUAUCACACAAAUAUGUGCCUUGUAGAAAUUAUAGCUUUUUUGUACACAGUAAAGGAUAAACAACCAUAUCUAAAAUGUUCAUGUUCGCUAGUAUACUGCAAAUCUUUUACAAUCAGCGAAUGUCUAAAUGUGACAUGAUGUCGAAUAUGGCUUAUUUUUUGCACUAGCCAAAAGUUUUUUCCUGCUUAUUUUUAUAAAUAGAAAAAAACUUAGCACCAACCUUACGAUAAUGUAGGGUUAUUAUGAUAACUAUACAAGUAUUAUCAUGAAUUGAUUUUACUAAACACAUACAAACUAUUAGAGGAUUAUUAUUUAUAUAUUUAUUUUGCCCAAAUAUUAUGCCCAAAUUGUCAUUAUUAGUGUGAAUUUUCGUAUUAUUUUUCGAAUUGCUAUAAAUCCACCGUCCAGCUUUGUCACAAUGAAUAAAUCAAUCUGCUGAUGUGUUUGUAUCAAUGUAAAUAUGCAAUUCAGUAUCAGUAAUAUGUUAUUAGAGUUUUUAUGUUUUCACCGCAAACAGCAGAACAAGUAUUGAUAAUAGUAAGACGAAUAC